GCGAUUGUUGCCGACGCCUGUUUGCAGAUGCGUCUGCUCCUCCCCGUAGCCGUGGUGGCACUGGCCGGCGUGGCCACUGCCUCCUAUGGUCCUCCAGUGGCGAGCCACUACGGCGGUCGAGGCGGCGGAGUGCAUGUAGGCGGAGGAGGCGCCGUCGGAGGCGCUAUUGCAGGAGGCGCCAUCGGAGGCAGUGGUAGUUUCAUCAGCGGCGGAAGUCACGGCGGAAGCCACGGCGCAGUCGGAGGAGGAGGAUAUUAUCAAGGCGGCCUGUUCCUGUCGUUCCUGGCGCCGGAGACUAGCCACUACGAGUACACCUGGCAGGAGGCCGCCUACCAGUGCGCCUCGCGCGGCCUGGUGCUCGUCUCCAUUGAGAACUACGAGAAGGACCACUACAUCGCCAGCCUUCUCCGCAAAUACCACGUGCCCUUCAUCUGGACGUCGGGCACCAAGCACGGCUACUCGUUCCGCUGGGUAAACGGCAAGACGAUCGGCCCGUACUCGUACUCCAACUGGUCGCGCACCGGCGGCAACGGCUACCCGCAGCCCGACAACCGCGAGGGACACGAAUACUGCCUGGCCGUCCUGAACGAGUUCUACCACGACGGUAUCGUCUGGCACGACAUCGCCUGCCACCACAAGAAGGCGUUCAUCUGCGAGCGGCCGGCGAAACAUCCCUACUAGUCGCGCCCGGGUGCCGCGCGGCCUCAGUGUCGGCGUGUCCGCCGUCAAUGUCCUAUAGGGAUAUACACAAUCGAGCCAAUGCACAGCACAGGCGUAGGAAACGACAAAAAAAAAUAUUCGGCAAUUUUUGGCCUUUUAACAAGACAUCAACAUUAACUUAUUCAAUUAUGUCAGCCAUCCAAAUCAUUAAAAAAGGUAUCAGUGUCUAUCGCGUUCUUUUUAGUGACAGUUAUCAAUCAUUUCAAGCUUCAACUACGCGGGUCACUUGUUUGUAACAGUAUUUACCAGUAGUUGUGUACCAUUAUCUACGCCUAAGGUACAUACACUGUGCAAGGGUGAAUGUCUCAUACUUUGAUUAAUGUAGGCAUAAAAGACAUGAAAUGCCAUGAACCAGUGUUGUGUUAGUUGCUCACUCCUGUUCACAUACUGUUAUAAAUACAGGUGCAUAAAAGAU